GAGGUUGUCAGUGGGAAAAAAAGUGGUCGGUGGGCUUUCGGCCAGCGUAGGCGAAUGUUGGUACGCGUCCUCCCAUGCUCGCUCACGACACGCCCAUUCCAGAGUCUCGCUUUCCUAUUCUUGAUGCCCACUCUAGCUUCUCGCACAUUCCUCGCUCAUCUAUUCUCUCGGGAAAUUAGGUGACGCUAGGCGGCUUCACUAGCUCUCCACGUAACUCUGUCACUUCCUCGCCACUCGUACACCAGCCAGCCUCAUGCGUCAAAACAACCACGAGGCGGCUUCAAUAUUUCUCGUGCUGCUCUUGAUGGCAGCAGUUUGCGAGAGUCCCCGUCGGAGCAUCGCGAUGACUAACUGCCAGCGGUGUUCUUGUGGAGAGCCGACAUACUUGGCUGUCACGGCAGCUGAGUGUGUAACAUAUCGCCAUACGAACCGUCCCUCCUAGUCUAACUAUCGCGACUAAUCUGGACGUUCCUAGUUUCCCCUUGCGCGCGAAGUUGCGGGAACAUAUUGGGAAUGUUGGGUUGGGUUGGAUACGGUUGGGAUUGAAGGUUGGGAAGAUAGGUUUGGAUGAUAGGGUUGGAGUGGUGGUUACCACUCCAUCACCAAGUGACAGAAGGAUCCUCCUCCUCUCUAAGUCCUCCAACUGCUAUCUCUACCACAAAGGACUUAGCCAAAUCUUGGCUAUUUUGUGGUCAUCUCCAAGUUCUCUUUGAGGUUCCAGCCUACUCCUAGUUCUAAUUUAGGAGUGCUAUUUUCUGAGCAUACUCAACACCUAAAAUGGGUGUUGGGGAAGCUCCGAGAGCACAAGUAUUUUGCACGGCUUUGGAAAUGCCAUUUCUAUAAGCGCGAGCUCGAGUACCUUGGUCACAUUGUUGGCAACAAUGGACUCAAGGUUGAUCCCAAGAAGGUGACUGCGGUCCAGGAGUGGCCUGUUCCUCAAGACGUGGGACAGGUCCGGUCAUUCCUUGGACUUGCGAAUUAUUUCCGUCGCUUCUUGGAAAACUACUCCACUAUCGUCGCGCCACUCACAGCACUAACUCGCAAAGGUUGGGCAUGGGAGUGGACCUCCGAGUGCCAACAGGCCUUUGAGGAGGUUAAACGACGAUUGACGAGCGCUCCUGUACUGGUCCUGCCAGACCCAGGCAAGCCGUACGAAGUGGUCACCGAUGCUUCGACGGUGGGUGUUGGAGCAGUGCUCUUACAAGAAGGACGCCCUGUGGCAUUUGAGAGUCGAAAGCUCUCCCCGGCGGAGCAGCGCUAUUCCACAACUGAGCAAGAACUGCUUGCUGUGGUCCACGCGCUUCGAACAUGGCGAUGCUACCUAGAAGGUGUGGACUUUGUGGUUACAACGGACCACUGUCCCAACACCUAUUUCUCUACGCAAGCCACACUCACUCGACGCCAAGCUCGUUGGGCUGAACUCCUCAGCGGGUUCACCUUCGAGAUUCGUUAUCGUGCAGGUGCCACGAAUCUAGCUGACCCCCUCAGCAGACAGCCGAUUGGGGAAGCAACGGGGCUAAGAUCCUCCUCCUCUCUAAGUCCUCCAACUGCUAUCUCUACCACAAAGGACUUAGCCAAAUCUUGGCUAUUUUGUGGUCAUCUCCAAGUUCUCUUUGAGGUUCCAGCCUACUCCUAGUUCUAAUUUAGGAGUGCUAUUUUGUUGU